AUGGGCGAGCUUGCCGAGUUUCUCACCCAUAAUGAUACGGCCUUUCGAAAGGCCAGACUCCCUGCUUUAUACGCCGACUUUCGACCGCAGCGAACGUUAAACCCUGAUGGCUACAGCGCGAACGUAACGGCGUGGCGUCACGCGCUGUCGCUGCUGGCGAGGCGCGGCCUCCUGUCGCAAGGGGCAAACUCGAAUAAAUUAAUACUAAGCCUGGACGACUCGCUACUUCGAGAACUGGAAAGCCGGCAGUUUGGGCAGCCGCUGGCUCUCGGCACCGUGGUCCGCGAGUCCAUCGCUGCGCACGCAAUGUUUCCAGCGCAGACGUUUCUGCAGGCCCAGCAGAGCGUGCUGCAGAGGAGUUGGUCGGGUGUGCCAUGGGCCAUCGUGGGCUGGACGCUGCGGCAAAUCGGCCUCGUGGACCCGUCCAGAGGCGACGACACGCUACCUAAGGGCCAGUACGUGCUGCUGGAGAACGUUGAGGCCGCGGCGAAGCAGUUCUACGACAUCAUGGCCGAACAUACGUCCAAGUUUGACCGCGUCUUUACCAAGUCACAGUUCUACAAUACAUUUGCUUCGGAUCUCAUACAGGGCCAGCGACUUUCCGAGGCGGACAUAAAUGUGUUGCUGUGUUAUCUGUCCCGAGACAAGGGAAUUAUCGAAUACGACGGCAGCAUUGUACGAGUCAAGGGUGUCGGGGAUCAGACCGGCAUAACAGAGGACGACAAGGCCAUCGCCUCGCUGAAGGAGGUCACGCUCAAGGUCAAGCACCAGGCGGAUCUGCUCAGCGCCCGGAUCGACGAGCUGGAGCUGGAGGCCAAGAAGGCGCUCGCGCGGAAGAACAAGGUCUCGGCGCUGGCCGCACUGCGGCAGAAAAAGGUGGCCGAGCAGACGCUGUCCACGCGCUACGCGACGCUGGGCCAGCUCGAGGAGACGGCCGACAAGAUCGAGCAGGCCGCCGACAACGUCGCCAUCGUGCACGCGCUCGAGGCGUCGAGCGGCGUACUGCGUAGCCUCAAUGCGCGGGCUGGCUCGCCGGACAAGGUCGGGGCGGUCAUGGACGAGCUGCGCGAGCGCGCGGCCGACGCGGACGAGCUUGCCGCGAUCCUGGCCGAGUCCACGGACGCGGUGCCGGUCGACGAGGGCGAGGUCGACGACGAGCUUGCCGAGAUGGAGCGCGAGGCGGCGGAGAAGGAGGACGAGAAGCAGGCGGAGACGGCGCAGGGCAUUCUGGAGACACUCCCCCAGGUGCCGGCGACGUCGCCGCAGAAGGUGCCGGCGAGGGAGAAGUCGCCCACAUCGGAGACGGGUAUUGGGAAACUGUCGCUGGCAGAGUAG